AUGUCCAAUGUUGAUAAAGAUCAGCUUCUCAGGAGACUCUGUCCUGGUGAUCUAUCCGAGAGUUGGCGCAAACAUCUCAAGCGCGUGCAAAUUCCAGGAUCAUGCUUCUGGUUUCUCGACGAUCCGAGAACCAAAGACUGGCUGCAUAGUCAACAUCCGCCCCUGCUAUGGCUUCAUGGGCCAUCUGCGACCGGUAAAACGUUCCUUUGCUCCCGCCUCGCCGAGCACGUGCAGCAAACCCAGGGAACCAAAGUCAACGCGGUUGCUUGCGUUGAAUUCCAACAGAACCAUAAGCAGUAUAAUCUCGCGGACUUUGGUCAUGCUUUAACAUCUGUUCUUAGACAGCUUGUAUCACAGCUGCCCAACACAUCAGGUGUUCUGGACCAGCUAGUGCAGAUGGUUGACAUCCCGUAUCCUGACGACGAUGAGUUCUACCAACUUCUACGCCUUGUCGCGUCGGAGUUUGGUAAUGUAUUUCUCAUCUUCGAUGGCGCCAACAGCGUCACCGCGUCGGCUUUGGAGGAUUUAAUGCUUGCCAUGACUCCGAGUGGUUCCGACUCAGUCUUCUGGGUUCUAUUCGCAAGCCGAAAUGCGCCCCCUGUUGGUUUCGCAGCGUCGCAUCAAGUUCUCGACGUCCCUUCGAGAGCACAUGGAACAGACGUGGACAUGUACAUCUUUCAGACAAUCCGGGACAUUUCAGCUAAAGACUUGUCCUCACGCCGUGGGGAACUGAGUCAGGAUCUGACCCAAGUCUCUGAUGGCCUCUUUCUUCCUAUCCCGGCUUGGCCUGUCGAAAUAUCUACACCAGAGCUCCUGGCCAGUCUUGGUCAGCUGUUGAGUGCGUCCAGAGGCUUGUCUGCCUCAGACAAGACAGAUGUAUUCUGCAAAGGGGUUGCAACCCAGAUAUUCACUUCGCAGUGGACGGACAUAAUUUUAUGCAUCCUAUACCACGUGAUUAAAGCCUCUGAAGCUGGCUAUAUCUUCGCGAUGCCCAUGGCACUCCAAGCUUUAGAAGCAUGGCAGAUCAGGAAUGAUGAUAACGAUUUCACUGCUGCAGAGGUGGUUCGAGGUUGCCGAGGCCUUGUCUACUUUGGUGAAGAUGAUGAGUCUAUACGGAUUAUAUCACCACUUUUCGGCGAUUGGUUGAAACGCAUAAUCUUCAAUAUCGACUACGAGAAGCGAAGUAUUACUGCCUUCAUGCGAUAUCUGUCGUCCGACACCUUCGCCCAAGGUGCCUCCACAUCGUCGGCCGCUCUCAAACAACGCCUGCAACAGAACAGAUAUCUGUGGUAUGCCGCCAGGAUGCUAAGCCCCGGUUUAGCAACAACCACCCCAGGGACGUUUGUUGACGAUUUCAUAAGUCUUUCGUCCCGAAGAGGGUCGAUUGAGUCCUACCUGCAAGCAGCUGAAGCAUGGCCGUACCAGAGCGAAUCCAGUUAUGACGAAUUCGAACAAGAUGAAGAGCGAUGGAGAUGCUUCACUCCUGGGUAUAGUCGUCUGCACCUUGCUGCGCAUUUAGCAGCUCCAAAACUGCUGAUCGACACGCUGGUAGCUCGCGGAGAUGAUCUAGAGGCGCAGGACCGCGACGGCCGCACGGCCUUGCAUCUGGCUGCGGAGAUUGAAGGCGAGAAUCCCACACUUCAAGCUCUCAUUGAGGCUGGCAGCGAUGUACUGGCUGAGGACAAUUUAGGUAAUACGCCUUUAUCUGUUGCAGUUGUUAACGGAAGCAUUGGUUCUGUGAAGACACUACUGGGUCAUGGGGCUGAUGCCAGUACCCUUGAUGAAGACACUCUUGAGCAAUGUGUGCAGGAGAAGCCAGAAAUCGCGUCAUAUCUGAGGGAGCUUGGCAUUGACGUACCAGCCGAGGAUGAGAGCGAUGAAGAGGAUUAA